AAAAAAAAAAAAAAAAAAAACUCUUCCUCGAGAUUCAAACCUUUGACAACACAAGGAGGAGAGAAGAAGAAGCAUUUCAUUUCAUUUCGCGUUUCUCAUCUAAUUUUUAAUUUCUGCAUUUUGACAAUCCCGGAAAAUUUUGUUAACAUCUUCACAAGAUCGGAGAAAAUUUUUUAGGUUUUAGAAUUUUUAUUUUUAUCUCAUGAAGCGGCGACGACGAUCGUCGGAGGAGGGAGAUGGAAGUUAGAUCGGAGAGUGUUACUUCUACUCAGGCGCGAAGCGAUAUUAAGCUUCCGCAUCCGUCGGCAGUUCUCAAGCCUCGUGUACAAGUAUGGUUCGUUAGAGUUUGCUCCAGCAUUUUGGUUUGGACCUGUUUGGUUCAGCUUUUCGCCGCCGGUGAGCUUUGGCAUUCCCGGAUCUUCACUGGUUUAACCAAUCAGAUUUUCAGAUUCUCUGCCCCUCUCGAGCCAGUUCCGUUGCCACCUCCUCUACCUCCUCCGAGAAAUUAUACAAGCAAUGGUAUUCUACUUGUAUCCUGUAAUGGUGGAUUGAAUCAAAUGCGAUCCGCGAUAUGUGAUAUGGUGACUGUUGCUCGGCUAUUAAACCUCACUCUCGUUGUUCCAGAGCUUGACAAAACAUCUUUCUGGUCUGAUCCUAGUGGUUUUGAGGAUAUUUUUGAUGUGAGACAUUUCAUUGAUUCAUUAAGAGAUGAAGUUCGUAUCUUAAGGAGGCUUCCAAAACGGUAUAGAAAGAAGUAUGGUUAUCAAAUGUUCGAAAUGCCUCCUGUAAGCUGGUCCGAUGAGAAAUACUACUUGAAGCAGGUAUUGCCCCUUUUCAGCAAACAUAAAGUCUUACACUUCAAUAGGACCGAUACCCGCCUGGCAAACAAUGGUCUUCCGCUCCCACUACAGUGGCUUAGGUGCCGGGUGAACUUCCAGGGACUAAAGUUCACUCCACAGCUUGAGGCUUUGGGAUCUAAGUUAGUUCGAAUUCUACAACAAAGAGGGCCAUUCGUGGCUUUGCAUCUGAGAUAUGAGAUGGACAUGUUAGCCUUCUCUGGUUGCACUCAUGGUUGCACUGAGGAAGAAGCAGAAGAAUUAAAAAAGAUGAGGUACACAUAUCCCUGGUGGAGAGAGAAGGAGAUAGUUUCUGAGGAGAGGAGAGCUCAAGGGCUUUGUCCUCUGACUCCAGAGGAGGUAGCAUUGGUUCUAAAAGCACUAGGAUUCGAGAAAAAUACACAGAUAUACAUUGCAGCUGGUGAGAUUUAUGGGAGCGAGCGUAGACUAUCCGUUCUAAGGGAAGCAUUCCCGAGAAUUGUAAAGAAGGAAAUGCUACUGGAGUCAGCGGAGCUCCAACAGUUUCAGAACCAUUCAUCUCAAAUGGCUGCUUUAGAUUUUAUGGUAUCUGUAGCCAGCAACACUUUUAUUCCUACCUAUGAUGGAAACAUGGCAAAAGUGGUGGAAGGUCAUCGGAGAUACCUUGGAUAUAAGAAAACAGUCCUGCUUGACCGUAAGAAACUCGUGGAGCUACUAGACUUGCAUCAAAACAAGACCCUCACGUGGGAUCAAUUUGCAGUAGCCGUCAAGGUAGCCCAUGAGAAACGAACGGGAGCACCUACACACCGAAGAGUAAUCUCUGACAAACCUAAGGAGGAAGAUUACUUCUACGCAAACCCUCAAGAGUGUCUUUGUGAAGCAUAUUAUCUCAUUGCUUCUGCAAGAGGACGGCAUGCCAAACACUGGAAUGGGAGCUGCAUAGUUCCUGCCCCGAGUUUUUCUCCAUUUUUGUUUGUAACGUUUUCAGCUUUCCUGCAUAGUUGCUGAUCUUGAUUUAAUUGUUUUACGUAAGUUAAGAUGUAACUAAAAGAAGAUUUUGUCUCAUCUUAUAGAAUAUCAAAAAAGUUGCUUUUGGCAAUAGCUUAAUAUA